CAUUUCUUUCAGAUAUUCUCGGAUUCUCCUACAUAACAACACAAUUUCAUCUGUCUGAACCACUCUCGUUUCUCGUUUCCCUGACAAUCUGCAGUUGUGUAUCCAUGUUUACUCGUUACUGAGUCAGAUCGGGCCCCUCGAAUCGCCGCCGGUUCGCCACACACUCCGAUCACCGCGUCUGACCGGCUCAUACCGAGUCCGAAUUAUUCUCCGGUAAUUAGGAAAUGGAUAGCAUCUUGCCUACAACCACGUCUUCGAAAUCGGACAGGCGUUCGAAAUCGAAGUCGAACCAAGCCUCAAAACCUUCUCUCGUCAUGGCACUCAUCUCCUGCUUCGCUUGGCUCUAUGUUGCCGGACGGUUGUGGCAAGAUGCAGAGAACAGAACAUUGUUGACUAGUCUGUUGAAAAAGAACUCAGAGCAGAGACCAAAAGUGUUGACUGUUGAAGACAAGCUAAUGGUGUUAGGGUGCAAAGAUUUGGAAAGGAGGAUAGUUGAAAUUGAAAUGGAAUUGACUUUAGCUAAAAGUCAGGGCUACCUUAGGAAUCAGUUGCAGCAAAGUGGUUCAUCUUCCAGCAAAAAGCUUCUUGCUGUUAUAGGAGUCUACACUGGUUUUGGAAGUCGAUUGAGACGGAAUGUGUUUAGAGGGUCCUGGAUGCAAAAUGGUGAUGCUUUAAAAAAACUUGAAGAAAGAGGAGUGAUCAUAAGAUUUGUAGUUGGUCGAAGUCCUAAUAGAGGUGAUAGCUUGGACCGCAAUAUUGAUGAAGAAAACAAGAUGACGGAGGAUUUCUUGAUUCUUGAAGGACAUGAAGAAGCUCAAGAGGAGUUGCCCAAGAAAGCAAAAUUUUUCUUCAGUACAGCAGUUCAAAAUUGGGAUGCUGAUUUUUAUGUAAAAGUUGAUGACAAUAUUGAUCUUGAUCUAGAUGGGUUGAUUGAACUUCUUCAAAGCCGUCGUGAUCAAGGCAGUGCUUAUAUCGGGUGCAUGAAGUCUGGUGAAGUUGUUGCUGAAGAGGGAAAAACGUGGUAUGAGCCAGAAUGGUGGAAAUUUGGGGAUGAAAAAACGUACUUCCGUCAUGCAGCUGGUUCACUUCUCAUACUCACAAAAGAUUUGGCUCAACAUAUUAACAUUAACAGUGCAUCAUUGAAGGCUUAUGCUUAUGAAGAUACAUCAGUAGGAUCAUGGAUGAUGGGCCUUCAAACAACCUAUAUAGACGAUAGUCGCAUAUGCUGUGCUACUUCCAGACAAGACAAGGUAUGCUCCUUGGCUUGAGCGAGGAAGGCGGCCGCUAGAUUGCAGUGUCCUGGAACCUAACCUUCAUAUAAGCGGUGAGAUUUGUAGAUGGGGAAGACAGAGCAAUUCUUUCAUUGAUGAUAUAUAGUUAUAUGGUAUAGUGUAUGCCUGGCCUAGAGACAUAUAUGUACCUCAGGAACCUUCAGUUCACAGUUUUUAUAUGAUACAAAGGGUUUGUGCUACUAAUCAAUUCACUCAUAACUGCAUAUUUAUAUGCCCAGUAUAUCACUGGAUAACAGAUGACACCAAAGUUUAAGUUGAAGGUUUCUUUGAGUGCA